AUGAGGACAAUAGAUGAUUCACUCCAUUUUGAAAUCCAAGAUGAUGGCAUCCGGUUUCUAAAAUCAUCCAUUACGAUUACGGUUACGAUUGAGGAACUUUGCGACUCGAUUCAGCGAUUUUGGGAAGUAGAGAGCGUUCCGCAGCAAUUCCAGUCAAGCACCGAAGAGGAUGAAUGCGAAAAGCACUUCAUAGCAACACACCGAAGAGAUAAAACAGGAAGAUAUGUGGUGCAAUUGCCACUAAAAGAUUCACUGGAGCAGUUCGAAGAAUCCAGAUCAUUGGCGCUCCGACGAUUCUUCGGGUUAGAGAAACGUUUUGCCCAACAACCGGAGUUAAAACGGCAAUACGUAGACUUCAUGCAGGAGUACGAAUCCUUGGGUCACUGUAAGGAAGUAUAUGAGAAGAAUGACGUACCAGUGAUGAGAAAGUGGUACUUACCUCAUCUCGCAGUUUUACGGCUUUUUGAUGCGUCUGCUAAGAAGUCUGGUUUAUCAUUAAAUGAGAUGAUGAAGAUUGGUCCAAUCAGUCAAAGCGAUUUGGUUGCUAUAGUGCUCAGAUUACGGGAACAUCGAUUUGUUUUGACGGCUGACAUUGCAAAAAUGUACAGGCAGAUUGUGGUUGCUGAUUGUUACACCCCUCUACAAAGAAUAUUUUGGAGAAAAAAUUCUUCUGAUCCACUUCGUGUGUUAGAACUAUCCACGGUUACCUAUGGGACGGCUUCAGCACUUUUUCUGGCAACAAGGGCACUUCUUCAAUUGGCAAUUGAUAAGAACCACAAAUAUCCUCUAGCAGCUUCCAUUGUCGAGAACAGCUGUUAUGUGGACAACGCACUCUUCGGAUACGAUAGCCUUCCGCAGGCGUUUGAAGCUCAAAGGCAGCUAAUCAGCAUGAUGGAGGCCGGUGGCUUUCAUCUUCAUAAAUGGUCGUCAAAUAUUCCAGCGCUGCUAGAAUCGUUACCGAGAGAAGAUCAUAAAGAGUUAGUAAGUUUAAGCGAAUAUGGAGCAAAUGAAGUAAUAAAAACCUUGGGUCUUAUGUGGAAUCCAGAUUCAGAUGAAUUAAUGUUUGUAUCGAAGCCCACCACGAACGUAAGGCAGCCUACAAAGCGUCAGAUUUUGCAGCUAGUCUCCCAGAUGUUCGACCCUUUGGGACUAGUGGCUCCGGUCGUCGUUAUUGGGAAAAUGUUAAUGCAAUUGGUCUGGAAGGAGAAACUCGAUUGGGACGAGCCAAUUGUUGGUGAUUUAGUCAAGGGUUGGACAGGUUUCUUACAUGCACUGGAAGGGGUCAAUCAACUUCGGAUACCAAGAAGAGUGGUAAGCAGCAGUGCUGUGGCAUUCGAAAUGCAUGGGUUUGCGGAUGCCUCCGAUGUGGCCUACGGAGCUUGUGUAUAUAUACGGUCGAUAUCCGAAGAUGGAUCUGCAAGCAUGAAAAUUAUUACUGGAAAAUCGAAAGUGGCUCCCAUCGCACCGCUAAGUAUACCAAGAAAGGAGUUGUUGGCAGCUCUUCUGCAACAUCUGGUCUGGUAG